AUGGUCAACGUCACUUUGGCGGAGCCCCAAAGACACAAAGUCUACAUUGUCAAAUACAACUUCGCCUCCUCUCCCCCAGAAGGCGACUCGGCCAUCUUUGUCAAGACCAACGAAGAGGUCGGCCACAUUCACUUCAUUGCCUCUAAAGAUGCCGGCGCCCACUUAUACCACGACCGUGUGAGCGUCAGGGCGCAUGAAGUCACGGAAAUAGGAGAAAGCCUGAUGCUAAUAGGCACUACCCUUAUCAAGAACUACCCCGGUAGUUGGGAUGAGGCGCUGCGGGUAAUCGAGGAGAACCAGCAGUAUGUGACACCUGCAACUUCCUUGGCUUUGUCAGGCUCUGCCCAAGCUAGGAUGAGGCGUUUGAGGGUCUCUCGCUGGACUCAGGAGUGUGCUAGGCCAGCGUUGGAGAAGGCUGGGCUUUUGGAGAAGUUGGAAUGA